UUCCCUGACUGCACCGGGGAAUCGGGAGGAAGUUCCGGAGAGCCGCGGCGCGCAAACGCGACACGCCAACCUUGCGCCAGCGCGCCGCCAGUGCGCAGGCGCCGCCACUCUUGCUGCUCUCCCUCGUCCCUCUGCCCACAUCAGGCCGUCGGGUCCUAUGUCGCGCCGGGCCCUCCGGAGGCUGAGGGGGGAACAGCGCGGCCAGGAACCCCUGGGGCCCGACGCCUUGCAGUUUGUCCUUCCUGAUGACGAUGACGCAGAGGAAGAGGCACCAAAACCCGGGCUGGGUGGCCGGCGCCCUGGGGGUGCAGGGAAGGAAGGAGUCCGUGUCAACAACCGGUUCGAGCUGAUAAACAUUGAGGAUCUUGAGGACGACCUUGUGGUAAAUGGAGAGAGGUCUGACUGUACCCUGCCAGACUCCGUGUCUUCAGGGAACAAAGGAAAGGCUAAACAUGGGAACCCAGAGACCAAGCAAGAUGGAGAUGCAACCAAAGCAGGGUCCCCGGAGCAGUCUAAUGCAAGUGGCAAACUCCGAAAGAAGAAAAAGAAGCAGAAAAAUAAGAAAAGCUGCACAGGAGAAUCUUCGGAAAACGGACUGGAAGACAUAGAUCGCAUCCUAGAGAGGAUUGAAGACAGCAGCGGGUCCAGCCACCCCGGGCCCCCGCCCCUGAGCUCCAGGAAGCACGUGCUGUAUGUGGAGCACAGACACUUGAAUCCAGACACAGAACUGAAGAGGUAUUUUGGUGCUCGAGCGGUCCUGGGCGAGCAAAGGCCUCGACAGAGACAGCGUGUGUAUCCCAAGUGUACAUGGCUGACAACCCCUAAGAGCACAUGGCCCCGAUACAGCAAACCAGGUCUAUCAAUGCGGCUGCUGGAGUCCAAGAAAGGCCUUUCCUUCUUUGCGUUUGAGCAUAAUGAAGAGUACCAACAAGCACAGCACAAGUUCCUGGUGGCCGUGGAGUCCAUGGAGCCAAACAACAUUGUGGUUCUGCUCCAGACAAGCCCCUACCAUGUGGACUCACUUCUGCAGCUCAGUGAUGCCUGCCGCUUUCAGGAGGAUCAGGAGAUGGCUCGAGAUCUUAUAGAGAGAGCCCUGUACAGCAUGGAGUGUGCAUUCCACCCCUUGUUCAGUCUCACCAGUGGGACUUGCAGGCUGGAUUACCGCAGACCUGAGAACAGGAGCUUCUACCUGGCCCUCUACAAGCAGAUGAGUUUCUUGGAGAAGCGUGGCUGCCCACGUACGGCCCUGGAGUACUGCAAGCUCAUUCUGAGCCUCGAGCCGGAUGAGGACCCCCUGUGUAUGCUGCUGCUUAUCGACCACCUGGCCUUACGGGCCCGGAACUAUGAGUACCUGAUCCGCCUCUUCCAGGAGUGGGAGGCUCAUCGGAACCUGUCCCAGCUCCCAAAUUUUGCCUUCUCUGUUCCAUUGGCCUAUUUCCUUCUGAGUCAGCAAACAGACUUACCUGAGCACGAGGUCAGCUCUGCCAGGCAGCAGGCUUCCCUCCUGAUGCAGCAGGCGCUCACCAUGUUCCCUGGAGUCCUUCUGCCAUUGCUGGAGUAUUGCAGUGUGCGGCCUGAUGCCACGGUCUCAAACCACCGCUUCUUUGGGCCAGAUGCUGAGAUAAGCCAGCCUCCCGCCCUGAGCCAGCUGGUGAGUCUGUACCUGGGGAGGUCACACUUCCUUUGGAAAGAACCUGCCAUUAUGAGCUGGCUAGAAGAAACUGUCCAUGAGGUUCUGCAGGCAGUGGAUGCUGGAGACCCUGCUGUGGAGGCCUGUGAGAACAGGCGGAAAGUGUUGUACCAGCGUGCACCCAGAAACAUCCACCGCCAUGUGAUACUGUCUGAGAUCAAGGAGGCUGUUGCUGCCCUGCCCUCGGAUGUGACCACACAGUCUGUGAUGGGGUUUGACCCUCUGCCUCCUGUGGACACCAUCUACUCCUACGUCAGACCAGAGAGGCUGAGUCCAGUCAGCCACGGAAACACAAUUGCCCUCUUCUUCCGGUCGUUAUUGCCAAAUUACACCACAGAGGGGGAGAGGCUGGAGGAAGGAGUGGCCGGGGGUCCGAACCGCAAUCAAGGCUUGAACAGGCUGAUGUUGGCCGUACGUGACAUGAUGGCCAACUUCCACUUCAACGACCUGGAGCUGUAAGUCCAUCCAGAUGGGGAUGUAACAUCUGGAGCUGCAGCAGCUAUUCUACAAUCAUGAGACAACGAAUUCCAAAAUGAGGAACAGUGAAGCAGAGGACACCCCAGGCCUCCGGGAGUGCCCCGCCUCGGGCCUGUUUGCUGAGAGGCCAUCAGACGAUCAGCUUCAGAAGUGUUGCUCAGACUUUCAACUGAAUCCAGUUCUAAUGGUGAAAAAUAAAACCCCUCACACCAUCUGUGGAUCAUCGUCGGGAAAAGUAACUUUCUGAGACAGGGUCUCACUGUGUAGCCCGUAGUGGCCUGGAGCUUGCUCUGUAGACCAGGCUGCCCUUCACUCUGUAGACCAGGCUGGUCUCAGAGAUCCGCCUGCCUCUGUCUCCCAAAUGUUAGGAUUAAAAGAGUGGACCACCACACCUAACCUGCAUGUCAUCUAAACAGCUUUAAAGUCUGGCCUGUCACCCAGGUAGGGGUGACAGUGUAUCCCGCUCCUCCCUCUCCUCCUUGUCCCUCCUCCGUCUCACAAGAGGUGCCUGCCUAUGUGUGCUGUGCAGAAUUGUUGGUCAUUUGUGCAUUUUCAUGUCGUCAGGGAGAAAACCUGUUUGCUGCCUCUCAGAAAGUUCAGAAGAAAUGAAAGACUUUCAAAGACGU